AAGGUAUAAAAGUCAAUUUUCUCUUACUAUUUUCAUGGGUGGCUUGGUAGCUUCUACUUAGCUCUAUCGACAUGGUAGGUAUAUGGGGAAUACACUCACUACCUAUGUACCUAUUAUCAAUGGACGUUGGAUGAUGACACACGAGAUCCAAUUGGCAAUUCGCUCAAGCACGCUGGAUGUCGUGCUGAUUGAUCAACCAAAGGUUUUCUUAUGCUUGAGGUACAUUAGUGUGCUUGAGCAAAUAUAUAAAUAUGGAUGCAUCAUUUUACCCAUUCUUCUUUUCUCUGCUUCUGUGUGAUUCUCAAGUUCUUGUGCAAUUCCCGUUCCUGACAAGAUGCGCGGCUUGAAUUCUUUAGCAUUGGUGCUUGCUGCCUCUGCUACUUCUGUGGUGGCCAUUCUACCACAUCAUGAAGCUCAUGCGAAAUAUGCAAAGAGAUCACUACCCAAGCAAAACCCUCCUAGGCAACCGGUGGUGAGGUCAAGAUCGACUUCUAAGUACUUGACAAAUUCUACUGCUUGUAAGAUACUUUCCAAUUAAUUCAUCGACUUUCAAGAAUUUUGUGAGGAUCGUUGAUUAAUAUCAAUUCUAGCUUUUGCCGUCAAUGGAACCGCAUUACCGGAAGUCGACUUCGAUAUUGGUGAAUCUUACGCCGGUACUUUACCUGUUAGCACAAAUGCUACCGAUACAAAUCGAUUGUGGUUUUGGUUCUUUCCUUCUGACAAUCCCGCGGCGGAGAAAGAGAUUACAAUCUGGUUGAACGGUGGUGUAAGUUCAUUCCUACACAUAAGUUCCUCUUAUGGUUCAGAAGACAUUGCUAAAGAUCUCUUAGCCAGGAUGUUCCUCCCUCGAUGGAUUUUUCCAAGAAAAUGGUCCUCUCAGUUGGCAAUCCGGCACAUAUGCACCAAUUUUAAAUCCAUAUUCAUGGACCAAUUUGACCAAUAUGAUCUGGAUCGAUCAACCUGUCAGCACCGGCUUUUCACCUGGAGAUAUUCUUGUUGAUGACGAGAUUGAUGUUGGAAACCAAUUCGCUGCAUUCUGGAAGAAUUUCAUCGAUACAUUUAGCAUGCAAGGAUAUAAAGUUUACAUUACGGGAGAGAGUUAUGCUGGUCAAUAUAUUCCAUACAUUGCCAGUAACUUUUUGGAUCGCAACGAUACCACGUACUACAAUUUGAAGGGAAUUCAGGUACGUUACUACAGAAGGGCGUGUUCAUGUUAUGUACUGACAGAAUGCUCAGAUCAAUGAUCCAUCGAUGAAUGAUUUUGAUACGAUGGGUUCGGCACCCGUUACAGCUGCAGCUCUGUACUAUCAAAAUAUCCUUAAUCUGAACGAUACAUAUAUCGCAAACAUUACCGCACGAGCAAAGUCAUGUGGUUAUACCGAAUUCCUCGAAUAUGCAACAGUAUUCCCUCCAGCAGGACCAAUCCCAACGGCUCCAAGUUCGAAAGAAUAUGGAUGUGAUCUUUACGAUGAUAUUUACAACGCGGCUUACUAUGUAAAUCCAUGUUUCAAUAUUUACCAUCUCACAGACUAUUGUCCAUACUUAUGGGAUGAACUCGGAUUUCCAUCACUCGGUGCAGGACCCAACAACUACUUUAACCGUACCGACGUCAAAGAAGUUAUCCACGCUCCUGUCGAUACUGAUUACUUUAUCUGCACUGGAGGACCCAACUUAUUCCCACAUGGAGACAAAUCGAUCGAUUCCUCACUUGGCCCACUUCCCUCUGUCAUCGACCGCACAAACAAUGUUAUCAUCGGUCACGGUCUACUCGAUUUCCUCCUAUUCGCUAAUGGUUCUCUAAUCACCAUUCAAAACAUGACCUGGAAUGGUCUUCAAGGAUUCCAAGAAGCACCCUCCUCAACCCAGAACUUAUACAUCCCAUACCACCAAUCUCUUGGCACCAUUCUCACUAUUGCCAACGCUGCAAUCCCCAACACACCACCUCAAAAUGAUGUUGCUGGGGCUGGAUUUCAAGGAACCUGGCAUACGGAGAGAGGACUCACAUUCUCAACAGUCAAUUUGGCAGGUCAUGAAAUACCGCAGUAUACUCCUGGAGUGGGAUACAGACAACUAGAGUUUUUGCUGGGUAGGAUUGCAAAUUUGAGUGUGGUGGGUGAUUAUACGACGCAGACCGGUAACUUUACCGGAGUCAGUGCACCCUUGAAGAUGAGGGGUUUGGAAUAGUAAGGUAAUGAGGUAAUGAAUGAAUUAUUGACAUGAUAUCGAGGCAUAUACAUGAAGUUUAUGGAUACGGUAUUUUAGAUAUAUAAACGAGUUUAUGACAAAAUAUUGGCACACUUGGCGUCUACAUG